AUGGAAGAAGAAUUAAAAGUAGAUAUAGUUGAAAGAACAAAUCAAAUGAAAUAUUUAUGUCUUGAUAGUGAAAAUUUAGCUAUACAAACAAUAACAAGAUUAGAUGAUCAAGAUCAACAAUUAGAAAAUAUUAAUUUACAUCUUUCAUCAAUUGAUCAAACACUUAUUCAUACAAAACAACAUAUUUAUCGUUUAAAAGGUAUAACACAAAGAAUAUUGAAUAGAUUUCGUUUUAUAUUUCAUCGAAAUAUUUCUUCAAAUAUUAUAUUCAAUUCAAUAAAACAACCAAUAUUACGAUCAAGAAGAGAAUCAUCUUCAAAAGAAAUUCAAAAUAAGAUUAAUUCAUCAGAAACUAUUAUUAUUGAUAAAGAUAUUGAUGAUAGACUUAAUGAUAUUGAAAAAAUAAUAUGUCGUUUAAAAGAUGAAGCUCAACAUAUUAAUGAUCAAUUAAUUGGACAAAAUCAUACACUUCAUCAUAUUCAUCAUCAUAUUAACAAAUCUACUAUACGUAUGGAACAAGAAAAUAAUCAUAUUCAAAAAAUGAAUCAAUAA